GAUCUUUUAGCAUUUAUGUUUGGCAGCCGUUUACAGGGAAAAUUCCACAGACCAGAAACAAGGUUACAGCAGAGAGACACUGAGGUGUUAAACCCUCUCUCUUUAUCACCAGUUGGCCCUUUUCUCUUUCAUCUGCUCGUUUGGGGUCUCAGCUGAAAAGACCCCGUCUGCUGGCAGUCAGGUAUUUCUCACUGCUGGAUAUCGUCUACUGACGCAGUUUGCUGAGAUCACCGAGCAAAGCUGUGUCCUUGGAUUAAACACACACUCAAAGGUUUGUGCGAUGACAUUCAGCUCCUUCACAAUAUCCUUUUCAAACGUGUCUGCGGGAUUCCGGUGUUGGCUCGUAAAGGAGCUUGAUUAAAAAUGUAAAGUCUUAGGGAAAUAUUUGCUCAGUGAAAAUGAGGGAUUGGUGAGUUGACCGUUGGCGUGAUUAUUAUUCAAAGGUGAUGAGCGGCAGGGGAAAGGGAGGAGGGAGGAGCAGACACAGGGAGUCCAACACACACAAACACAGAUGGGCUGGGAUUGAGCUCUCUCUCUCUCCCUCUCUCUCUUUUCAUCACUCUCUCAAAGUAAAACAGUGUCAUUCAUUAAUUCCAGCGUCGGUUGAAAGUCAUGUGCUUUUGCCUCUUUCUGUUUUUUUAUUAAUUUGUAAGUGUGGUCAGAGAAAGUCUCCACUGAAAAGAGCCUGGAUAGUGUGUGGGACUAUAUGAGUCUGUGUGUGUCUGGGGGGCGGGGUGGGGGUCACGAUGAAUGACAGAAGGAGAGAGAGGGAGUGAGGCUCACACAGAGGAUCUCAGAGGCGGCUUCACUCAGCUCUAAGACCAAACGCACCAGCAGCAUGGAUUUCUGCACCAUGUGAAAGCAAAAGAGGGAGAAGAACCCUCCACUAACAGAGCAUCAUUCAGAAUGUCUGUGAUGGACAUUUCCCUGGUGGACCAUAAUGACACUGGAUUGUCUCCAGCUGAUAAUGAGACCUUCUUACGUUUCUCCCCGACGUCCUCCUCCACCUCUGCCGCCGCAUCCUCACCAGGGCGUACUGGCAAUGUCUACGUCUACGUCUGGCUCUUCCUCGGCCUGCUGGUGUUUCUGCUGACACUGCUCAUCAUCUCCCUCCACAGGCUGAAGAACAUCAUCUCCUCCUCCUCCUCUGUCCCCGACUUCAGCAGCGAAGGAGGAAGCUCCUUCACCAACAUGGAGAUUUGUAGCAUCUCCUCUCAGAGGUCCACUAUCUCCACACUGUCCACCUGAGAGACAUAAAUGAUCUGGAUCACGUGGACUUAAGGACAUGUUGGGCAGGCAAUCAUGAACAUACUGUAUGUGAGGUCAGAUAGGCUCCACAGCUCCACAUUGUGGCAUUUGAGAGAAAAAAGAUCUAUGUCUCCUGUGUAAUGUACCAUGUUUACAAUAGAAGGUAACUAGUCUUAAACUGUGAAGUCCUUAAAAAAACCUUAAUAUUAAGGAAAACUGAAGCUUGAAGCUUCAUCCCACACAAUGUUAAGGGUUGAUUAGAUAUUUUUAUACAGCGUUACCUUGACUGCAUGAAGCCACUGUUCAAAAAAUGGCCAAAAAAUGUUGCCAAAUACAUAAGCACAACUGUAGAAGUAACAACUGUAAAGGUCUCAACUGAGGAUUUACUGUAAAUAUAUACUCUAUGACGAUCACACACAAACACACCAACACACACAGACUGUGAAGCUGAGUAGAAAGAUAAGCAGCUGCCUUAAAUUGACAAUCUAUAACCACUAAUGAAGAAAACAAUCAGUCUUGUGGGGUGGGGGGGUUCAUCCACGCAGUAGUGUGACAUUAUUACAAUACUUUGAUGAAAACUGCACAAAACUAUGGGAACACUUUUCAAACCUUGGAAAUAUGUAUUUAUGGUCCGUGAGUCUUAGGUCUUUGGUAUUUUCAACAGAACCUGUAUAUUGUGAAAUUCACAGCACAAAUUAAAGGACAAUAGGUAGAGUAAAAAAAUAAAUCCUGUCUAAUUUACUUUUUUCAUUUUACUUUAAAUAGUGUUUUACUUUACAUAAUAAAGAAUUUAAAACGUAUUUUUCCAUACACCUCCCUGGUUAGUACAGUACAUAGUUUACUCUACCUGAAACCAGUGGAACAUUCUGUAGUUAUGUCCCAUGCCUAUUGUAUGUAUGAUCUAUGAAAAAAAUAAUACUAAAUACAAAAUUCUCCCAAAGAUUUUGGUCAAAUUAUUUCAACACAAAUUGGAAAAAAAUAUGUAUAUAUGACAAUAAAACCACCAUUAAUCUAAACAGCCCUGCAAGCAUUUUCAAUCAAAGAAUUUCUUCCAUGUAGAAUUCUAGGGGACGUCAUUAACAAUGUCAAUGUCUCAAACUGCUUCUUUGCCUUGACUAUGAGCUGAGGUUGUGUUUUUAUUGAAUCUUCUUUUAAAUUUAAUGGAGGAAAAAACUCAGAUGGAGCCUUGGCAAAAUUACUGUAUUUUUUUUAAACAGGCUUUCAUUAAAGUUUGGUUAAAAUUGUAAUGUUUGCUCCAAUUUAAUUUUUGCUCCAAUUUAAUUUUUUUAAUUGUUCAGCUGUUUGAGAAGCUGGAGAAAUUUAAUUUUUCUAAAUCAGAAAUAUUUAUUAACAGUAUCUUUUGUCUUCUGACCUUUUGACUUGCCUGCUAAAUGAACAGCAUGCUUUAUAACCCUGACGAUCAUCACCUCUUACAGAAAUGCAUGCCCUUUUCUGAGAAGCGUGUGAAAACCAAACCUGCUGCCGACAUCUAAGAUGAUGUGGGGAUAGGUUUUCAUACGGGAAAAGGCAGACACGGCGAUGUGGAACCGAAGGUGAGACAGGAACAGCCGGUGACGGCAGCAGCACUCAGGCAAGGUCAAAAGUGUCAGAUGCUACAAGAUUAAAUCCUGCUCCUGAAAGACAGCCCCUGCCAGCGUAACGGAUUACCUUCUCCUGCCUGUCAGCUCUGAUGGCUGCCUCCACAGUGAGUGAAGCAUGGCAGCUCUGAGCCGCUGUCAGAAUUCGGGUUGUAUUCCAAGGUCAAGCCGCUGUCAUGUACUGUUGUGCUCAAAGUUAAUUUAAAUAAAAUACUGUGAGAUGUUUUUGUGUGGCAGUGGCAUUGAAAUGUGACACAUUCAGAACCAGUUGUGUGUGUUGAUUAUGGAUUUGUCUGUAAAACCACGCCAAAUGAUCAUAAACCUCAAUCAGGGCAGGUUCUAAAACAAUAGGUUGUGCCUCAGAAGUGUGUCCCACAGUUUUGACAAUUUGGUUUUUGUCCAGUCACACUCUAACAACCACAACAAGCCUAACUCUCGAACAA